AUGGCCGCCGAGGGUAGCAUUCCUUCGAUUCCUCUGUCUACAAUGAUCCAUAUGGUAAAUAUCAAACUCACUUCCGCAAAUUACCUCUUGUGGCAUGCCCAGAUCGAACCCCUUCUCAUCACUCAGGGUUUUCUUCCGCAUCUGGAUGGCUCAUCCCCAUGCCCAUCGCGCGAGAUCACUACACCGGCAGAGGAGUCCAUGGCCGUGGUUAUUGGCUGCACUUCGUCCCGUGAUGUCUGGACCUCUCUGACUCGCGCCUAUAGUCAUGCCUCGAAGGCUCGAGAACUCAGCCUGAAGGACGAUCUUCUCUCGGUCAAGCGUGGGGAUCUCUCCGUUUCUGAAUAUGGACAGCGUUUCAAGGCAAUUUGUGACAAACUUGCUGCCAUUGGUCGGUCUAUUGAUUCGACUGACAAAUCUCACUGGUUCCUGCGAGGUUUGGGGCCUGCUUUUUCGACGUUCACGACCGCGCAACUUGCUCAGGAGCCUCUUCCUGAUUUCGACACACUUCUUGCCCGCGCCGAAAGUCACCAAUUUUUCUAA